AUGGCAAAAGAGAAAGGCGCAGGGCCGGGCGGAGUACGCCCUGGCCAUGCGAAGCUGAGCCAACCUGCCUAUUGCCUUUCCUUCGAAGUCGUCCUGAAAGAGAUUGGUACGGACAUUGACGAAGGGUUGACCAAAGACGAGGCCACCCACCGCCUUCAGCAGUACGGCCAGAACAAACUUGAUGAAGGCGAGAGCGUCUCCAUCAUCAAGAUUCUCGUGCGCCAGGUGGCCAACGCAAUGAUGCUAGUCCUGAUUCUGGCUAUGGCGGUCAGUUUCGGAAUUCAAUCCUGGAUUGAAGGUGGUGUUAUUGCCGCUGUCAUCGUUUUAAACAUUGUCGUCGGCUUUUUCCAAGAAGGCGGCGAAACCUUUUCGAUUCCGUCCACUGACAUUGUCCCUGGCGAUAUGAUUGAAUUGAAAACCGGCGACACCAUUCCCGCGGACGUCCGGCUGGUUGAAGCCGUGAACUUUGAGACCGAUGAAGCACUGCUGACCGGCGAGUCUCUGCCCGUCCAAAAGGAGUGUAACUCUACCUUCAAAGAAGAUACUGGCCCCGGAGAUCGGUUGAAUAUCGCCUAUAGUUCCAGUACAGUCACACGCGGCCGUGCUCGAGGUGUGGCCGUCAAUACCGGCAUGGCGACCGAAAUUGGAUCAAUCGCUGCUGCCCUCCGUGCUACUAACAGCAAACGUCGUCCAGUAAAGCGAGGCCCGGGCGGCGAGACCAAAAAGCGCUGGUAUGUCCAGGCAUGGACACUGACCGGAGCUGACGCAGUUGGCCGCUUUCUUGGAGUCAACGUGGGCACUCCAUUACAGCGUAAGCUGUCUAAACUUGCAAUCCUGCUGUUCGGCAUUGCUGUACUCUUUGCCAUUAUUGUGAUGGCAGCCAAUCUGUUUUCCAGUGACAACGAAGUUAUCCUUUACGCCGUGGGGACUGGUCUCUCUAUGAUCCCUGCGUGCUUGGUGGUUGUCCUUACGAUUACUAUGGCGGUCGGUACCAAGCGCAUGGUCGAGCGAAACGUUAUUGUUCGCAAGUUAGACUCGCUCGAGGCACUUGGAGCAGUCACGAACAUCUGUUCCGACAAAACUGGUACCUUGACUCAGGGAAAAAUGGUAGUUAAAAAGGCCUGGAUCCCCUCGCGCGGUACAUACUCUGUCGGUAACUCGAACGAGCCUUUCAAUCCAACUACUGGAAAUGUGACUUUUACUCCCGUACCGCCUCUCGAGGUUGUGGAUGAGAAGGAAGGCCCCACGGUCGAGAACGUCGAAGGUCUGGUUGAUGGCAACCGUCCUCUUGAAGAUUUCCUGGACGUUGCAUCCAUGGCCAAUCUAUCUCACGUCUUCAAAUCGGAGGAAGGCGAAUGGCAUGCACGAGGCGAGCCGACUGAGAUUGCCAUCGAAGUAUUCGCCUCCCGCUUCAACUGGAACCGAGACCGAUGGACAAAGGGCUCAAAGGCCGUGUGGCACCAGAAGGCAGAAUUUCCGUUUGAUUCAACCGUGAAGAAGAUGUCCGUGAUCUUCAGCAGAACGAAGCCAGAUGGUGAGAAACAGGACAUGAUCUUCACCAAAGGCGCCGUCGAGCGAAUUAUAGAUUCCUGCACAACCGUUAUUUGGGAUCAGGAAUCCUCUACCCCCGUACCACUGACUGACAAAAUGCGCGAGAAGAUUCUCCAGAACAUGGAAGAGCUUGCGAAACUAGGCCUACGUGUUUUGGCUCUCGCACAUCGACCAUAUAAGGAGGAAUCUUCUUUUCUUGAGGGCUCUAACAUCAACCGCGACGAGAUUGAAAAGGGCCUCUGCUUCCUUGGUCUUAUUGGGUUGUAUGACCCUCCACGUCCCGAAACCGCGGGCUCGAUUGCGGCCUGCUACAGGGCUGGUAUCACGGUGCACAUGGUGACUGGUGAUCACCCUGGAACUGCCAAGGCAAUUGCCCAGCAAGUGGGCAUUUUACCUGCAGAGAUGUCAGCAGUCGGUGCUGAUGUGGCUGAUGCCAUGGUCAUGACUGCUGCUCAAUUCGAUCAACUCUCUGAUGAUGAGAUUGAUAAUCUCCCCACUUUACCACUGGUCAUUGCCCGCUGUGCUCCUCAGACAAAAGUUCGCAUGAUCGGCGCAUUGCACCGACGUGGUCGAUUCGCAGCCAUGACUGGGGAUGGCGUGAAUGACUCUCCAUCCCUAAAACACGCGGACGUAGGUAUCGCCAUGGGUCAAGCAGGCUCUGACGUCGCAAAGGACGCAUCAGACAUCAUCCUUACGGAUGAUAACUUUGCAUCUAUCCUAAAUGCUAUCGAAGAAGGCCGCCGCAUCUUUGAUAACAUCCAAAAGUUUGUCCUGCAUUUGCUCGCUGAGAAUAUCGCCCAGGCUUGUACGCUGUUGAUUGGAUUGGCCUUUAAAGAUCAGGACUCGAAGUCUGUGUUCCCCUUGGCUCCUGUUGAAAUCCUCUGGAUCAUCAUGAUCACCUCUGGAAUGCCUGACAUGGGUCUCGGCAUGGAAAUCGCGGCACCAGAUAUUAUGGACCGCCCGCCACAAGCAAAGCAAGGUAUCUUCACCUGGGAGGUUAUCGUCGAUAUCCUCGUCUAUGGCUUCUGGACCGCAGCACUCUGCCUUGCAGCCUUCAGUCUGCGUAUGUGGGGCUUCGGCGACGGCAAUCUAGGCAGUGGCUGCAACCGCGAGUACUCUGACCAAUGCGAGCUCGUCUUCCGCGCUCGCGCAACCACAUUCGUCUGCCUGACCUGGUUCGCGCUCUUCCUCGCCUGGGAAAUGGUCAAUCUGCGCCUCUCGUUCUUCCGCAUGCAGCCCGAUAGUGAGAAGUACUUUACGCAGUGGAUGUACGAUGUAUGGCGCAACAAGUUCCUCUUCUGGUCUAUCAUGGCUGGGUGGAUUACUACCUUCCCUAUCUUGUAUAUUCCUGUGCUGAACACAGUUGUUUUCAAGCAUACGGGUAUUUCGUGGGAAUGGGGUAUUGUCUUUGUCGAGGCGAUUCUGUUCUUUGCUGGUGUUGAGGUGUGGAAGUGGGUAAAACGAGCGUACUUUCGCCGUGAGAAAAAGAAGGUACAAGAUCAGAGUGCGAGGCCGAUGGGGGACCCGAGCAGCUACACUGAAGAUGCCUAA